AUGAAACGCUCAUUAGACGACAAUCAUUCACACGACUCCAAGAAAUUCUGUUCACCGACAGAGAGAUCCCCUCAGCAGCAACAACAACAGCAAUCUAAUUCCGUCACCAUGAGCGCCACCGUAUUAGAUUACGUGCGCGACAUCAUUCAGGAUCUCGACCAACGUCAUCUUGAUCACUGCCUCAGCAAACAGCUUACUCGUGAUACCCUAGGCAACUUGCAACCGGCUGAUGCCGAGCUAGCCAGCACGUUGGAUGCUGCAUUGAAAAGAAUAGCCCAGUAUCAGCUGAUGCUAGAAACAGAUAACCUUAGAUACCGCAUCGCGAUACAACAGCAGUAUCAGCUGCUGACGGGUGCUCAAGGCGAUGAUGACAAGAACGCAUCUGCAGUAUCAAAAAACAAUUUGAACAACACCACCCGUAACAAUAACGAUCAACAGCAAUCACCGACGCCUACUACCACAACUACAUCAAAACCCGCUACGACUAAAUCCGAUCAGGAACCAGAUCAUGCCGAUAAUAACAACACGACCGCUGCUACUGCUACUACGAAGAAAGUUGCCAUGACACCCGAAGAUGGCAUUUCCACCAUCAGAGACUCGUCGUUGCUUGAGAAAAUGCAACCCCACAACCGAAGCCCCAUGCUCUCUAUGCCAACUGCCACUACGCCUACCGGCUAUUUUUCUGUCACGACCCACUCUGCCUCCGGAACGCCUCCUGCUGGUGCCUCACUGACACCAUCGCCCUCCAUGACACCGCCCUUUGGAAUUGCCGCCUCAACCUCAAACGCAUAUCCUGUGUUUUUUGGAACACUCUCGUCGCCUCCGCUCAUGUCUUUCCCAGCUGCUACCGUUCAAACAAGCGCCGAUAACAUUGUCUGUCCCGACUGCGUUGUGCAGGCUGUCAAAGUUGCCUCCAAUGUCUUUGCCGGCAAAUUGGACCAGCGUAUCACCUGCAACCACGAACGCUGUGUCUCUGGCCCUGUUCACCCGUCAUCGCCCAUCAACAUGCUCAAGGAGGCUGUCAACGCCAUGACCGACCGUCUGCAGCGCCUAGCAGAUGAGGCCAUGUACGUCUCGCACGAAACUGCCGUCAAAGGAAAACUCGGAGUUCAAGCACGCUGCGACCGCGAAAUGAAAGGCGUCUGGCGUGAUUUUAUCCUCAAUCUCAACAGCAUGACCCGUAGCCAUCUCGAACAAGUCCGUGAUAUUGCUGAUGUCUCCACCGCCAUUGCCCGCGGUGAUCUCAGCAAAGCCAUGACUGUGCCUGUCAAGGGUGAGACGCUUUUAUUGAAAAACACAUUUAAUACUAUGGUCAACCAACUUAAUCUUUUUGCAUCCGAAGUGUCUCGUGUGGCACACGACGUCGGUACCGAAGGUCGCUUAGGCGCUCAAGCAACCGUUGCUGGCGCUGAUGGCAUCUGGAAAGAGCUCACGGACAAUGUCAACACGAUGGCAGCCAAUCUUACGAACCAGGUGCGGGACAUUGCACAGGUCUCGAAAUCUGUCGCACGUGGUGACUUGACCGAGAAAGUUACGGUUGAAGUCAAGGGCGAAAUGCUGGAUUUGAAAAACACAAUUAAUACCAUGGUCGACCAGUUAUCUACCUUUGCAACUGAGGUUACGCGUGUGUCACUUGAAGUGGGCACAGAUGGCAAACUGGGUGGUCAAGCCAUCGUCAAGGAUGUGGCUGGUACCUGGAAGGACUUGACAGACAAUGUCAACAUGAUGGCCUUUAAGAUCACCGGCCAGGUGCGUGAUAUUGCCGCAGUCGCCAAGGCCGUAGCAAAGGGUGACUUGAGCAAAAAAGUUACUGCGAAUGCCCAAGGAGAAGUGCUCGAACUCAAGGACACAAUGAAUAAAAUGGUUGACCAACUGACUCUGUUUUCGGCUGAAGUCAGGCGUGUGUCGCUCGAAGUCGGCGUCGAGGGUAAGCUUGGCGGACAAGCUGUCGUCAAGGAUGUGGGCGGUGCUUGGAAAGAUCUGACAGAUAAUGUGAAUACCAUGGCUGCCAAUCUGACCACCCAAGUGCGAUCCAUUGCUGGAGUGACCAAGGCCGUUGCGAUGGGCGACUUGAGCAAAAAGAUUGAAGUGCAAGCACACGGUGAGAUCCUGGACUUGAAAAACACCGUGAACGACAUGGUGGACCAGCUUAGCGUCUUUUCGACUGAAGUGACGCGUGUUGCACGCGAAGUCGGCACCGAUGGUAAACUCGGCGGCCAAGCACAUGUACCCAAUGUGGGUGGUACCUGGAAGGAUUUGACCGAUAAUGUCAAUACUAUGACAACCAACCUGACUACACACGUACGAAGUAUUGCCGUGGUUACCAAAGCUGUUGCCAACGGCGAUCUCAGCAAAAAGGUCAUGGUCAACGUCAGCGGCGAAAUCUCUGAUCUCAAGGACACUGUUAACAACAUGGUGGAUCAAUUGCGUGUGUUUGCAUCAGAAGUAACGCGUGUGGCCCGUGAAGUCGGCACUGAAGGCAAACUCGGCGGUGAGGCUAUCGUUCCAAGCGUCAGCGGCACAUGGAAAGAUCUGACCGACAACGUCAAUGUGAUGGCCGCCAACUUGACAACCCAAGUACGAUCCAUUGCCCAGGUAACAAAAGCCGUUGCCAAGGGCGAUUUGUCGAAAAAGAUUGACGUCGAAACACGGGGUGAAAUUUUGGAUCUUAAAAACACGGUCAAUAGUAUGGUGGAUCAACUGAACGUAUUUGCUGCCGAAGUCACACGUGUCGCCAAGGAAGUGGGCACGGAUGGCAAAUUAGGUGGCCAGGCCAUGGUGCCCAAUGUCGACGGAACUUGGAUGGACCUCACUGAUAAUGUCAAUCAGAUGGCCACCAACUUGACAACCCAGGUGCGGUCCAUUGCCGAAGUCACCAAGUCAGUGGCAAACGGCGAUCUUAGCAAGAAAAUUGAAGUCGCGAGUGGCGGCGAGAUCCUAGAGCUAAAAAAUAUUGUCAACAACAUGGUGGACCAACUUCGUAUAUUUGCAUCCGAGGUCACGCGUGUCUCUAAGGAAGUCGGCACAGAAGGAAAGCUGGGCGGUCAAGCCGUUGUGCAAGGUGUGGCUGGUACAUGGCAUGAGCUCACGGCUAACGUCAACAUCAUGGCAGCCAACCUGACGAACCAAGUACGGUCCAUCGCUGAAGUGACUAAAGCCGUGGCAUUGGGUGAUUUGAGCAAGAAGAUUGAAGUCGAAAGUGGCGGCGAGGUGCUCGAACUCAAGAAUAUUGUCAAUAACAUGGUCGACCAGCUGCGUAUAUUCGCCUCUGAGGUAACGCGUGUAUCUAAAGAGGUCGGCACUGAAGGCAAGCUUGGUGGUCAGGCUGUUGUUCAAGGCGUAGCCGGCACUUGGCAUGAACUUACAGACAACGUCAAUAUCAUGGCUGCCAACCUCACGAACCAAGUGCGAUCGAUUGCCGAAGUGACCAAGGCCGUAGCGUUGGGUGAUCUCAGCAAGAAAAUCGACGUUGAGAGUGGAGGGGAGAUUCUUGAACUCAAGGAUAUCGUCAACAACAUGGUUGAUCAACUGCGUAUUUUCGCAUCCGAGGUUACGCGUGUCUCCAAGGAAGUAGGCACGGAUGGCAAAUUGGGUGGCCAGGCCAUGGUGCCCAAUGUCGACGGUACAUGGAUGGAACUGACGAACAAUGUCAAUAUCAUGGCUGCCAAUCUUACGAAUCAAGUACGCUCCAUUGCCGAGGUGACCAAGGCUGUCGCUUUAGGUGAUCUUAGUAAAAAAAUUGAGGUCGAAAGUGGUGGAGAAAUACUGGAGCUCAAGAACAUUGUCAACAACAUGGUCGACCAGUUACGAAUUUUUGCAUCCGAGGUGACGCGUGUCUCCAAAGAGGUCGGCACAGAGGGAAAACUAGGCGGCCAAGCGGUUGUACAAGGCGUUGCAGGAACAUGGAAUGAACUCACGGACAAUGUAAAUAUCAUGGCGGCCAAUUUAACCACCCAGGUACGAUCCAUCGCAGAAGUUACCAAAGCUGUCGCCAGCGGUGAUCUCAGCAAAAAGAUCGAAGUCGAAACUCGAGGCGAGAUCUUGGACUUGAAGAACAUUGUGAACGACAUGGUGGAUCAGUUACGUGUCUUUGCAUCUGAAGUUACACGUGUUGCGCGCGAGGUCGGCACCGAAGGCAAGCUCGGCGGUCAAGCUGUAGUGUAUGGCGUGGCUGGCACCUGGAUGGACUUGACGGUCAAUGUGAAUACCAUGGCAGCCAAUUUGACGACCCAAGUGCGAUCGAUUGCUCAAGUCACCAAAGCAGUUGCUCGCGGCGACUUGUCAGAAAAAAUUGAUGUUGAAACUCGAGGCGAGAUCUUGGACCUUAAAAACACAGUGAACAACAUGGUGGACCAAUUGCGCGUUUUUGCUUCUGAAGUCACGCGUGUAUCCAAAGAAGUCGGCACUGAAGGCAAACUUGGUGGGCAAGCUGUGGUACAAGGUGUCGCAGGCACAUGGAAGGACUUGACAGAUAAUGUCAACUUGAUGGCAAGUAAUUUGACAACACAAGUACGGUCCAUUGCCCAGGUCACGAAAGCUGUCGCGUUGGGUGAUCUCAGCAAGAAAAUUGACGUUGAGAGUGGAGGAGAGAUUCUUGAGCUCAAGGAUAUCGUCAACAAUAUGGUGGAUCAACUGCGUAUUUUCGCAUCUGAGGUCACGCGUGUCUCGAAGGAAGUAGGCACGGAUGGCAAACUAGGGGGCCAAGCAGUGGUACAAGGUGUAGCCGGCACUUGGUACGAACUCACAAAUAACGUCAACAUCAUGGCCGCAAAUCUUACAAAUCAAGUACGGUCCAUUGCUGAAGUGACCAAGGCUGUUGCUCUAGGUGACUUGAGUAAAAAGAUUGAAGUUGAGAGUGGUGGAGAAAUCCUGGAGCUCAAGAAUAUCGUCAACAACAUGGUCGACCAGUUACGAAUUUUUGCAUCCGAAGUCACGCGUGUCUCUAAGGAAGUCGGCACGGAUGGCAAAUUGGGUGGCCAGGCCAGGGUGCCCAAUGUUGACGGUACAUGGAUGGAACUGACGAACAAUGUCAAUAUCAUGGCUGCCAAUCUUACGAAUCAAGUACGGUCUAUUGCCGAGGUGACCAAGGCCGUAGCGUUGGGUGACCUGAGCAAGAAGAUCGAGGUGGAAAGUGGCGGUGAGAUUUUGGAACUCAAAGACAUCGUCAACAACAUGGUGGACCAACUCCGUAUUUUUGCAUCCGAGGUCACGCGUGUCUCCAAAGAAGUCGGCACAGAAGGAAAGUUAGGAGGCCAAGCUGUCGUGCAAGGCGUGGCUGGUACUUGGUACGAACUGACGAACAAUGUAAACAUCAUGGCCGCAAAUCUUACCAAUCAAGUACGGUCUAUUGCCGAGGUGACCAAGGCCGUAGCGUUGGGUGAUCUUAGCAAAAAGAUUGAAGUCGAAAGUGGUGGCGAGAUCCUGGAGCUCAAAAACAUUGUCAAUAACAUGGUCGACCAACUACGUAUAUUUGCGUCAGAAGUAACGCGAGUGUCCAAAGAAGUCGGUACUGAAGGCAGGCUCGGCGGACAAGCUAUUGUCCAAGGUGUUGCUGGUACAUGGAACGAACUGACAGAUAAUGUCAAUAUCAUGGCUGCCAAUCUGACAAACCAAGUGCGGUCCAUUGCCGAGGUGACCAAAGCUGUGGCAAACGGCGACUUGAGCAAGAAGAUCCAUGUUGAAGCACGCGGUGAAAUUCUAGAUCUCAAGAACACUGUCAAUGACAUGGUGGAUCAACUCAGCGUAUUCUCAACCGAAGUAACGCGAGUGGCCAGAGAAGUCGGUACUGAAGGCAAAUUGGGCGGUCAAGCCAUUGUGCAAGGUGUCGCUGGCACAUGGAAGGAUCUGACGGACAAUGUCAACAUGAUGGCCGGUAAUCUAACAACUCAGGUGCGAUCUAUUGCUGCAGUUACUACGGCUGUUGCUAAGGGCGAUUUGUCACGCAAAAUCGUUGUAGAAGUACAAGGUGAAAUCUUGGAGCUUAAAGAUACUGUGAACUCCAUGGUAGAUCAACUGCGAGUCUUUGCUGCAGAAGUUACGCGUGUCGCUAGAGAAGUCGGUACAGAAGGCAUGUUGGGUGGACAAGCAGCGAUCAUAGGCGUCGACGGCACUUGGAAAGAUUUGACCGAUAACGUCAACUUGAUGGCCAGCAACUUGACGGAUCAGCUUCGUGCCAUCGCUGCAGUCUGUAAAGCCGUCGCUCAAGGUGACUUGUCCAAAAAAAUUGAGGUCGAAGUGCACGGUGAAAUUGCCGAGCUCAAGAACACAAUCAACACCAUGGUGGAUCAGCUUAACUCGUUCGCGUUUGAAGUGACGCGUGUGGCACGCGAAGUCGGCACAGAAGGCAACCUUGGUGUCGAAGCACGUGUCAAGGGUGUCGGUGGUGUAUGGCUCGAAAUCACCAGCAAUGUCAACACAAUGGCCUCCAACUUGACCACGCAAGUACGCGCGUUUGCCCAGAUUUCCGCAGCUGCUGCUGAGAACGACUUUUCACGGAUGAUCACGGUUGAAGCACAAGGUGAAAUGGACGCACUCAAGACCAAGAUUAACCAGAUGGUAACCUCGUUGCGCGACGCGAUUCGCAAGAACGGCCAAGCCAGAGAAGCGGCCGAAUUGGCCAACCGCUCCAAAAGUGAGUUCCUGGCCAAUAUGAGCCACGAAAUCCGUACGCCCAUGAACGGUAUCAUUGGCAUGACAGGCUUGACGCUGGAAACCGAGCUGACGCGACAACAGCGUGAAAAUCUCAUGAUCGUGUCAAGUUUGGCAAACACGCUGCUCACCAUUAUUGACGCGAUUCUCGAUAUCUCCAAAAUUGAAGCGGGUCGAAUGACGGUAGAAACGAUUCCGUUCUCACUCCGGUCGGCUAUAUUUAGCGUGCUCAAGACUUUGGCAGUCAAGGCUAACCAAAAGAAGCUGGAUCUGAUUAACAACGUGGACAAGGCUAUCCCUGACCAGCUUAUCGGCGAUCCGCUCCGCCUUCGCCAAGUAAUUACCAAUCUCAUCGGUAAUGCCGUCAAAUUUACGACAGAGGGUGAGGUGGCACUCGAGACCAAAGUGGUGGAAAUGGAGGGCGAUUACGUAAAGCUUCAAUUAUGCGUUAGUGACACGGGUAUUGGUAUACACGAGGACAAGUUGCACAUUAUUUUCGAUACGUUCUGCCAAGCAGACGGCAGUACCACGCGAGAAUAUGGUGGCACUGGCCUCGGCUUAUCUAUUUCCAAACAUCUGGUGGAACUUAUGGGCGGCGAUCUAUGGGUGGAAUCCAUGUAUGGCCGAGGCUCACAAUUCUACUUUACCAUCAAGCUGCGUCGCAUAGGUGUGAGUGACAAGGAAGCGAUAGGCAAAAUGGCGCGGUACCAAGGACGACGCAUUCUCUACGUAGACAGCAUGAAAGACAACACGGGUGUGAUUCGAAAGAUCGAGCAGCUCGGAUUGACGGCUUUCCGUGUCGGUAGCAUCGAGGAAGCCACUGAACUUGCCAACAAGUAUUCAAACCGAAGCAAGGUCGCGCCAUUCUUUGACACGGUUGUUAUCGACAAGAUGACUCAAGCAGAAAAGGUCCGCGAAAUCAUGCCGUUACGUUAUACCCCCCUUGUCCUCAUUGCUCCCGAAAUCCACAUGCUCAACAUGAAGCUGUGCAUCGACCUUGGCAUUACAGCAUACAUUAAUUCACCACGCAACCUUGCAGAGCUUAUGGAUGCACUAUCACCAGCGCUCGAAAGUCAUGCCGCGUUACCGAGCGACUCUGGCAAAAUCCAACCUCUCCAGAUCCUCAUUGCCGAAGAUAAUGUGGUCAACCAAAAGCUCGCCCUGCGUAUUCUGCAAAAGUUUGGCCACGAUGUCAAGAUUGUAUCAAAUGGCAAACUUGCGGUCGAGGCAUUCGAGAGCCAGCGGUUCGAUAUGAUCUUCAUGGACGUGCAGAUGCCUGUUAUGGGUGGAUUUGAAGCGACACAAAGUAUACGACGUAUCGAAAGCGAAUCUGGUACCGAUGCGCGUAUCCCAAUUAUUGCCUUGACGGCACACGCCAUGAUUGGUGAUAGAGAGAAAUGUCUGGAUGCGGGAAUGGAUGAAUAUGUCACCAAACCAUUGCGCAUGCCCGAGUUGAUAGCAGCAAUCAAAAAAUUUGCACCGUAUUCUGCACAUGUCAUUACAGAUUCACCUCACCAGCAGCAAUAA